UCAUCUCCGGCUCUCGCUGUCUCUGUGUUUGUUAAAAGGUCAGUUUGUGGCCAAUCUUUGCGUGAACUGGACGGACAAGUUUCGUUCCUAGAAAUUUUGUCAAAUUUAUUUGUUAGUAUAAGAUUCGAUCAAAGGUUUACAAUUGGUAGCAAUUGUUAAGUUAGCAUAUCAAACAAUUGCGCGUUUUAGUGGUGAAUAAGUCGUGGAAUUUUGAAUGAUCAACUUGGCUCAAACACAUUCGGUAUCAGGUGCUUGAUUGAAGCGUAUAAAAGUGAAGUGGUUGUAAGUGAGUGUUGUGUCGGGGAGUAUACUGCUGAUUAUUCGGUUCAAGAUUAAUAAUUAUCGCAGAGGGUUGUUGUUUCCAGCGACAACAGAUUGUUGGAGUUCUAACGUUUAUUUGAAAUGAACACAGAAGAGAAAGAGCACAUUGAAACAAUAAAAACCUGGCUAACAACCCAGCAUCAUCUUCCAACAAUAAGUGACACGACCGUGCACAGAUUCCUGCACUGCAACUAUUACGAUGAGGAGAAAACCAAAAUCACCAUCGAAAACUACUACACGAUGCGGACCCGAUUCAGGGACCUUUUCAGCAACCCGGAUCUACUGUGUGACGAGUUUCAAAACGCGAUGUCCUUCGCCGACUUUAUUCCCCUUCCCCAGACCACUCCGGAGGGCUACAAGGUGGUCCUAUUCCGCCUAUCGGACACCGAUCCGACCCACUUUUCCCAGAGGAAUCUGCUGAGAUUUUCCCACAUUUGUAUGCAACAAGUUCUCGAGGAACACGGGAUGGCCGCCGGUCACGUGAUCAUCAACGACAUGACGGGCAUGAGUUUGGGCCACAUGAGACGAAUGGAACUGUUUAUGUCGAAAAACCACAUGGCCUUCAUCCAGGAAGCGGCCCCAAUUCGGCUGAAAGGCAGUCACAUGGUCAACGUUGUACCGUUUGUGGACACACUCAUGAAGCUAAUGAAGCCCAUGAUGAAGCGGGAACUGUACGAGCUGGUCCACCUGCAUCAGCACAAGGAGUCGCUGUUUCCGUUCGUGCCGCAGGAAUGUCUGCCAGCCGAGUACGGGGGAAAUGCGGGCACGUUUAAGGAGUUGAGGGAUAACUUCUACGCUAAAUUACUAUCCAAUCGAGACCACUUCAUUCGUUACGAUCAGGAAAAUCUUGUGGAUGAUAGCAAACGUCCUGAGCAACGUGGAUGGUUUAGUAUGUUCCGAAGAUAGGACAUUUUCUGAACAAAUAUG